AGGAUCUUGUACUUGUACGCUUCUUUACUCGACGAGUCGGCUCACCGAGUUCACCGUUUCUCUGCUCUCUCGCUGUGUUUUUGCCUGAGAAUCUGAAACGCCAAAAGGAGAGCACAAAGGUAGCGUCACACAAACGCACCUCCGAGUAAACAGCGGUCUACUGUCUGCGUUAGCGUUCUCUUUACCAUUCCGGCGCGCCUGCCAUUACGAUGGCCCUUCAGGCCGGUCCGUUCUGUUUCUGCGGUCCCAGCUUUAGAUCUGUUCCUGACCCACUGAGUUCGAAACGACGACUCGCCGUCAAAGCUGCUUCUUCAGGACUCUCUUCUCUUAAGCCCUUCUCAGUCACGCGAUCCAACUUCAAAGGAAGAGCAGUUUCGGGUGAUGGUGGAACAAAGGAGGAAUCCCCUCUUGUGGUGUGUUUUGGGGAAAUGCUGAUAGACUUUGUACCAACAACUAGUGGCCUUUCUUUGGCUGAGGCUCCUGCUUUCAAGAAGGCUCCUGGUGGUGCCCCUGCCAAUGUCGCCGUGGGUAUUGCUCGUCUUGGCGGUUCUUCAGCUUUCAUCGGGAAGGUUGGUGAAGAUGAAUUUGGUUACAUGCUCGCAAACAUUCUAAAGAAGAAUAACGUGAACAAUGAAGGCAUGCGGUUUGACCAAGGAGCACGAACUGCUUUAGCUUUUGUGACGUUGACACGAGAAGGUGAACGAGAGUUCAUGUUCUACAGAAACCCCAGUGCCGAUAUGCUGUUAAAAGAAUCUGAACUUGAUAUUGAUUUGAUUACAAAGGCGAAGAUAUUCCAUUACGGUUCCAUAAGUCUUAUUACAGAACCGUGCAGGUCUGCUCACAUAGCCGCAGCUAAAGCUGCCAAGGAUGCUGGUGUUGUUCUGUCCUAUGACCCCAACCUUAGGCUUCCAUUAUGGGCUUCUCCCGACGAAGCUAGAGACGGGAUUUUAAGCAUUUGGGAUACUGCUGAUAUCAUCAAGAUCAGUGAAGAGGAGAUAGCUUUUCUAACUAAAGGAGAAGAUCCAUAUGAUGAUGAAGUGGUCCGUAAGUUAUUCCAUCCGAAUCUGAAACUGCUUCUUGUCACUGAGGGCCCAGAAGGCUGUAGGUACUACACCAAGGAUUUCAACGGGAGAGUAGGCGGAUUAAAGGUGGAAGUGGUGGACACAACAGGUGCGGGGGACGCUUUUGUGGCUGGAAUAUUGUCACAACUCGCUCGUGACCUCUCCUUGCUUCAGGAUGAAGAUAGACUAAGAGAAGCCCUAAUGUUUGCGAAUGCUUGCGGGGCCUUAACCGUGAAAGAGAGAGGCGCAAUCCCGGCACUUCCUACAAAACAGGCCGUCCUCGAUGCCCUUUUGAAAUCAGUUGUCUAAGAUCAUUUGUCUUCUUCAGGGUAAGCCGCCGACAUGAAGAACCCAUUGUUCUACCACGUCAAUGUGUUUCUUCUUCUUCUUCUUCUUCCCUUGUUCUUGUGGUUCUUGUUGUUGUUGUUGUGAAACAUGCGAGUUAAUGUGUACAUCAUUGUUAGGUGUAAAGCCGAGUUCUGUUUUUUUUUCUUUCUUGAAAUAAAAAUUAGGAAAACACUAAUCUGAGAAAUUGUUCAUCUGUAUUGCAGAAUUUGUUUAAGGAAUUCUUUUAGUUCUAGAUA